CUUCCUCACUUACAUGUUUGAAUAAUAUAAAUUAGCAAAUUACAAAAACCCCCCCAAACAAAAAAGAAAAAAAAGACAUGGACACCUCAAAACCUUUGCACUUGUUCAUCCUCAACACUGCUACUCAACACGGACGACGACGCCAAUCUCAUCACCAUCGCACACUGCUUCUCUUGUCUCAUGAUUGAAAUUCAGUAAGAAUCUUAGGAAAUUGGCAUAAUGGAAGAUGGUGAUUAUAGCAUAAGGAGAUGGGAGGAUCUGGACAUAGAUAUUUUGGUGAAAAUUUUUCAGCUGCUCGACAUCUUUGAGUUAACGGCUGGCAUAGCUCAUGUUUGUAGUGCGUGGCGUAUGGCUUGCUGCGAUCCACUUCUUUGGAAGACACUUGAUUUGUCAAUGUUAAAAUCUAAUUUCAUCAAGAUUCCAUUGGAGCCAUUUGUUUAUGUUGAUGGACGGUCUGACAGGAAAUUAACCCGCUUAUUGAAGAUUUCCUUGAGUCUUAGCAGGCAGAGUAUAAUGACUUUGAUAUUUCACUUCAACUUGUACGUGAGUGAUGAACAGUUGACAUACACUGCUGAAAGGUGCCCAAAACUCCGACGGCUUGUUCUGCCAGCAUGGAACAGAAUUAAGAAAACAGGAAUGUGCAAGGCUAUUCGCGGCUGGAAAGAUCUCGAGUCUUUGACAAUGCCUAGCAUAGCGAAUCCCCCAUAUCUUCUGGAAGAAAUCUCAAAUCACUGCAAGAACUUCAGUGAACUAAAGAUCAUGGGGCCAUGCGACAUUUACUUUGCUUCAUCUCUUGUUGCGUUUCUUCCGAAAUUGAAAGUCUUGAGCCUUCGAUGUUCAAUGCUGUAUAAGGAUGUUCUCAUUGAGAUCCUAGAUCGCUUGCAACAUUUAGAAGUGCUCAACAUAUCACAUUGCAUCUUGAUGGAAGCCGUUCCACCUCCUCAGCAUAAAAGAGUUGUCAGAGAAAUUGAUCAGAGUAUCCGACAGAAGGCUUCUCGGCUGCGCGAAUUCAUCACGUGCAUGGACGACAACUGCAUCAUGUGCAAUCGCACAAGAACUGAUGAAGGGCUGGUUAGGUGGUACAAGUACGAGGAGGGACUGUGGAAAGCAGAUGAGGUCAGGUCCCUUGCACUCUAAGCAGAGACAAAAGUGGUAUGUUAAUAUAGUGAGUGAUGCGGUUGUUACAGAUGUCUGUAACAUUUUCUGUUGUUUAGUAUUCUGCUCCCUUAGUUGUAGAUGAAAUAAACAAAAGCUGAAUUGUUAAGAUGAAUGUGUCGAUACCCUCUAGAAGGUGUUAACUGAAUAUUGUAAGUUUGUAACUGUACAUAGGAAUAAUAAAUGUUCAAUGCUCUAAGUGUAA